GAUGGGCGCUUUCAUCGGAUGCCGCAGGAUUUUGCUUUUCCACAGCUAGAUGCGCUAAGUGUGUGGUGUAUUUGGCGGCUUGGCCACCCUGCUGCCGGAUACCCGCCUUUUCGGGCGCUGCAGCCAUCUGACUUCACGAAGACCAACCGCAAGAUGUUUUCGGAAUGGACGGUG